UUCUUAUGAGAAACUUAACCAUUAUUGCAAUAACUGUGAUUUUAUUAAGCAAACAACACGGUAAGAUAUUGUUGAUUCUGGUUUAAAUAUAUAUUUCAAAAUAAACAACUAAAUAUGAAUAUAUACUGUAGUGUACAAUAAUAGUCCACUCUUAACUGAGCCGCUAGUACCGCCAUCUGUUACAAACGCAUGGCACUCCAUUGUUUGUCUUUUCAUCGUCGAGACUCGUGAGAUCGAUUAAUCGAAUCGGGCAUGAAACAAAAUUUUAUGCUAGCAACACUUUUAGAAACUUCAUUUUUCUGACGCGUUAUCGAAUUGAAUUUGAAUUUCGAAUGAGUAACGUCGAAGUUAAAAGACAAAAGCGGUGUCUGCUUUUACGAUUUGUUUUAAAGUAGAUUAAUUUUAUUCCUGUAUUGUGCUUAUAAUUUGACAACAAUGAGUGAAUUCAAAACACCAGUGAAAGCCAAGGCGUCGGAUUUAACCGAGAAGAUUACGAUUCCUCCAUCGCCGUAUUUAAGCAGACUUGGAUAUGGAACAGGUGUAAACGUGAUGCAACUUAUCCGUUCACCAAAAGCCGGACAGAUUCGCUCACCAUGGGCUCUCAAAAUGAUUAACAAGAGAGUUAAACCUUGCAAAGUUUACUCUGAAAGACUGCAGGCUGAAGCAGACCUGUUGAAACGCAUGUCUCAUCCAAACAUAGUCGGGUUUAGAGCUUUCAGUAACGAUAAGAUAUUGUAUCUGGGGAUGGAGGCUUGUGAUCUGUCGCUGGGGGAUAUGAUUGAGAACAGGAUUGAAGAUGAAGCGGAGCCGUUUAGUCCGAAGCAGAUGAUGAAGGUUGUACUAGACAUGGGUAGCGCUCUAGACUACCUGCACACCAAGAUGCAGAUACUGCAUGGAGACAUGAAGUCCUACAACAUCCUCGUCAACGGGGACUUCGUGAUCUGCAAGCUGUGUGAUUUCGGGGUCACUUUACCAUUGGACGAGAAUGGAAAGGUGGAUACAGAGAAGGCGGGGAAGGCUGUGUAUUUUGGCACUGAAGCCUGGAGUGCCCCGGAAGUGAUCCACGGCGGAGAAGUCACCUCCAAGACGGACAUCUGGCCGCUCGGACUGGUUCUAUGGGAGAUGAUGGCCCUGGCUCCUCCACACACGGCGGACACCACUAUGGAGAUGGACAGUGAACUGGACGAGUCUAUGAGCGAGGAGUAUUUCUCUGAUAAAUAUGGCACCCGUCCGCCGAUCCCGGCCAACAUCGUAGUCUCGGUGUACGCGGAGCCCCUCGGCGUGUUCCACGCGUGCACAGAAUGCCAGCCCGCCCGCCGGCCCAGCGGGAAACAUCUCGUGGAUGCAGCCACAGCUAUGCUUCAAUUGCUUAAUAACAUCUAAACGUUAAAUUAAUCCUAGGUACCUAUUUACUAUUAAUUUUAUCUAAAAUACUGCCUUACAGAGCAUUAACAGCUGUAACUCCGGCCAUCGGAAAAAUAUAAAUCGUACAUUCGCAGUAAUAGUAGCGAAAUAGGUUCCUACUUUACGCGAAACCGCUCGGCUCGGAAGUACGCGUGUACGGAAUGCGAGCCUCAGCCACGACAUACUGGAAAACAUCUCGCGGAUGCAAGUCAAACUAUGUUCAAUAAAAUAUGAAAACUUAAAAUUAUAAAUCCGGUAUUUACUAAUACUUCUAUCGAAAAUACUAUCUCACGGUGCAUAAUAUCUAUAACUUCAACCAUCCAAAAAACCAGUACGUUUGGCCAAAAUAUAAAAAAAGCGGCCAAGUGCGAGUCGGACUCGCACAUGAAGGGUUCCGUACCAUUUAAGACGUAUUUAAAAAAAAUCUAUUUGCUAGAUCUUGUUCAACAUUUUACCACUUUGGAAGUGUCUCUCGCGCAAACUAUUCAGUUUAGAAAAAAAUGAAAUUAGGAACCUAAAUAUCAUUUUUGAAGACCUAUCCAUAGAUACCCCACACGUAUAGGUUUGAUGAAAAAAGAUUUUUUGAGUUUCAGUUCUAAGUAUGGGGAAUCCCCAAAAUUUAUUGUUUUUUUUUUUCUAUUUUUGUGUGAACAUCUUAAUGCGGUUCAUAAAAUACAUCCACUUACUAAGUUUGAACAGUAUAGCUCUCAUAGUUUUCGGAAAAAAGUGGCUGUGACAUAAUCGGACAGACAGACGGACAUGACGAAUCUAUAAGGGUUCCGUUUUUUGCCAUUUGGCUAAGGAACCCUAAAAACCAAAUGGUACAAUGGGCAUUAUCAGUGGAAACACUCAAUACCAUACAUCGGAGUUUUGGAUGCGGGAAUAUUUUACACUAACCAAAAGGUAGACUAAAAACGAUUCUCUGCCUUUUCGCCGAAAAUUGUAUUGCCGAAUUUCACUUGCCAACCAACUUUUCGCAGAAGUUUCAUUUGUGCGAAUUUCACUUCCCAACUACAUAAUCCAACCUAACCUAACCCAACCUAGUACGCAAUUUUCAUUUCCCAACUAGGGGUUGGGAAAUGAAAUGGUUGCGAAAUAAUUACUUGGUAAAAAAUGAAACGCCAAAUGAAACAUCUCCGAAAUGUUGGUUGGCAAGUGAAAUUCGGCAAUACAAUUUUCGGCGAAAAGGCAGGAUACCGCUAAAAACAAACUAUUUGAACAUUUAUAAACACAUUUGUGUCUUAGCUAUUUUUAAUUCAUACUUUAGUAAUUAUUUUACAAUAAACAUAAUUUUAUAUACACGAUUCAUUCCCGUACCUACAACCCCGAUGUAUGCUCAGUACGCAGAACUGCUUGGCUUCUCCCACGCGUGCACAGAAUGCGAGCCUAACAGACGACCCGCGAGAAACAUCUCGCAGAUGCUGCGAUAGCUAUGCUCAAUAAGAUCAAAAAAAUUAAGUUAUAUACUUACUCGGUAUUUUCUAAUAA